AAAGGUGCGCACUGCAUGCUGGGUUUCCGGGAAUUUUGAUUUCGUCCCGUCUACUACUGUAGGAGGUAAACAACUUUAGGAGCCAUGGGGGUUCAGCAGCUUUGGACGAUCCUUGCCCCCGUGAAGACCCACUGCCCGCUGGAGGCCCUACAAGGGCAGACCCUGGCGGUGGACCUGAGUAUGUGGGUGUGUGAGGCCACUGCCAUGAAGGCUAUGACUGGUGUGGUCACCAGGCCGCAUCUCAGGAACCUUUUCUUCCGAGUGUCUCAUCUGACCAGAAUGGGCGUCAGCUUGAUAUUUGUGGUGGACGGUGAUCCUCCAGAGCUGAAGUAUGAAACCAUGAUGAAACGCAGCCAGGAUCGGUUUGGGGGCAGCAGGGCCGGUACAGACGGACAGAGGAAAGGCCUGGGAAAACCAAAGAAAUUGAAGAGAUCUCACUUCAAGGCUGUACUGAAAGAGUGUCUCCUCCUGCUGGAUGGACUGGGAAUCCCCCAUGUGCAGAGCAAAGGAGAGGCCGAGGCCUUCUGUGCACUACUGAACAGGGAGAAUUUGGUGGAUGGAUGUCUGACUGAUGACGGGGAUGCCUUCCUGUACGGUGCCAGGACUGUCUACAGGAACCUCACCUUGGACAAAAAGGAUCCUCAUGUUGACUGUUACAAGAUGACAGACAUAGAGGAAAAGCUCCUGUUGGAUCGUAACAAGUUGGUAGGCCUGGCCCUGCUGUUGGGCUGUGACUACUGUCCCAAAGGGGUGCCUGGUGUGGGCAAAGAACUCGCUGUGAAAGUCAUGACUGCUCUUGGCGCCUGUAACGUACUGGAGCGAUUUAAAGUGUGGAGAUCUGAAGCAUCUGAUCAUACAGACGCUCAGUGUGGGAUGACCAGUCAGCUAAAGGGAAGCCAGAAGAGGGCCAGGAACACUUCUAUUGAAGUUACUGUGAUGAGAAAAGCACUGACAAAUCCAGCUUUUCCUGAUACAAAAAUUAUCAACGAGUUCCUGGUCACAAAAGACACCUGUCCCUCCCUAAAGUUGGAAUGGAAGAGGCCAAGGAUGCCUGUAUUGCAGGAUCUGAACCUGAGGUUACUGGAGUGGCCUGAAGAGUACACCCUGGAGAAAGUCCUGCCUCUCGUCACCUACUGGGAGAUGUGUCACAAACAGAGUCCUGAUCAGAAGGAGAACAGACUGUCACUGUCACCUCACAGUGUGGUGAAAACCCGCACACGUAACGGCGUACCCUGUCUGGAGGUGCAGUGGUACAAGCCUGACGACGUUAUCACAGAAGGGAGUUAUGUUACAACCAUAGAACCAGAAGAUCUCUUCUCAUCAGCCUUCCCACAGCUUGUACAGGAGUUCAGGGAGAGGAAAGCUCUCAAACAAAGCAGGAAGAAAGGAGCAAAAUCAAAGGCCAAACAGAAGUGCACUGAUGAGAUGACAGAUACAGACUCUCAACAGCAGGGUGACACACAAGAAGAAGAACAAGCAAAAAGGCCUGCUGCACCCUGUGUACUCGAUAACAGUCUAGCUCUUGACUUCUCAAAGUUAUCGCUAGACAAAUGUGAUAGUAAUACAUUGUCACUAGACCAGGGAGAGUCUGCUAAAUCAACUACAAGAGGCUGCAAGGAGAAGGCUUUGCCUGGUAAACUGAAUGAGGAUGCAGUUGUUACAUCACAGUUUGCUGUGUCUUCUGAAAAAGUUCCACAUUCUCACCCACCUGUCUUCAGCCAAACAGACCCAAAUUUCUCCCUGGGGAUAAAUGAUUUUUCCUUUAUGUCGAACACAGAUGGAGAUACUAGUUUCACUACUAACACACCUCAGUCAAGUAACACAACUAAACACGGCAAAAUAUCAAUGAUGGGUCCAGAUCUGAACGCGCAAAACGACAUGGAGUCUCCGGCCUCAACACUUGUGAUGUUGCCUCUCAUGGAGAGGUUAAAGUUGAGAGGAAAGAGGAGGGAGCCUAGGGUAGAGGAAAGAUCAUCCUUCAAGGAUGUGCUUCAGCCUAUGACUCUAAACACAGAUCAUACAGCUGCAUCCAAAGAGACAUCAAACCAGGACGGGCGCAAGAAGCUCGCACAGAAUGACAGGACAGGUGGGCCAAUUGUAAAACCCCAAGGAAGUUUAGAACAAGUUUUUAGAGAUGAGCAUUCGGUUGAGACUAUAACUGUUCCAGUGCUGAACAAGGCCACAAGUGGCCCUCUUGAAUUCCCACUGCCUGUUGCAGGCAAAACCAAGCAAGUGAAGGAGAAAAGGCUUCACUCAAGCAAGACUACCACAGAUAAUGUUAGGAAGAAGCAGUCGGUUGAGACUGAAAUUGUUCCAGAGCUAAACAAGGCCACAGGCUGCCCUGUUGAACUGCCACAGCCUGUUUCAGGCAAAACCAAGCAAGUGAAGGGGGAAGGGCUUCACUCAAGCAAGACUACAGCAGAUAAUGAUAGAAAGAAGCAGUCGGUUGAGACUGACAUCACUCCAGUGCUGAACAAGGCCACAAAUGGCCCUGUUGAAUUCCCACAGCCUGUUGUAGGAAAAACCAAGCAGGUGAAGGGAAAAGGGCUUCACUCAAGCAAGGCUACAGCAAAUAAUGUUGGAAAAAAGCAGUUGGUUGAGACUGAGAUCGCUCCAGUGCUAAAUAAGGCCACAAGUGGCCCUGUUGAAUUCCCACAGCCUGUUGUGGGAAAAACCAAGCAAGUGAAGGGGGAAGGGUUUCACUCAAGCAAGACUACAGAAGACAAUGUUAGAAAGAAGCAGUCGGUUGAGACUGAAAUCACUCCAGUGCUAAACAAGGCCACAAAUGGACCUGUUGAAUUCCCACAGCCUGUUGCAGGCAAAACCAAGCAAGUGAUGGGAGGAGGGCUUCAUCCAAGCAAGACUACAGCAGACAAUGUAAGAAAGAAGCAGUCUGUUGAGACUGAAAUCGCUCCAGUGCGAAACAAGGCCACAAGUGGGUUUGUUGAACUGCCACAGCCUGUUAAUGCAGGCAAAGCCAAGCAGAUGAAGGGAGGAGGGCUUCACUCAAGCAAGACUACAGCAGACAACGAUAGAAAGAAGACACUACAAGCUGGUAAUGACUCAGACUCUUUGCAAUCGAGAAAGGCUCCAAUGCCUAGGCCAGUUUCCAUCCAGGAUAGCUGCGUUACAAAAGCAUCUGUAUUUGAUGAUACCAGAGAUGUAUCGGCAGCUUGUGCACCAAGUGUUGUUGCUGAAGUCAGACCUGCAUCUCCUUGUAGCUCCAAAGUGAUGGAGGAUGUAGACAGUCCUGUGGUCACCAGGAUGUCUCUUGUGGAGCGGCUGAAACUCCGCGUAGGACACUCCAAGGGAAAAGCCCUGGACGCCAUGCAGGGAAAACACUGA